AUUCAUUCGACGAAAAUGGAGCACAUAGCGGCGCAGAUGGAGCGCGACCUGCGCUCCAAGUACAGCCAUCUCAUGGUUAAAUGGUACGAAGCCGUGGACUGGACGGAACCACUUAUCGUGGGGCUUCUCAUCUUCCACGUGGUGCUCUUGGCUACACUCUGGCUCACGCGCAAGCGGCUGUACACUCAGUUCGCGCUCUUCGUGCUCAUCAUCUUGAUGGUGGUGAGCACCGAGACACUCAACAAGUGGGCAAGGGAGAACUGGCGCCUAUUCACCACGCAGCGAUAUUUCGACGAGCAGGGCGUCUUCAUGGGCAUCUUCUACGCGGGGCCGCUCUUAGCUGCAGGUUUCUUCCAACUGCUGCUGAGCAUGAAGAACAUGGUGGAUAUGGUGGUGAUCGUCAAAAGAGCUGAAUACCGUCAGCAACUCAAAGCCAAAAAGAACAAGUAGAACAGUUUAAAACAAUUGACAUGAUGAUUGCCACUUCCUAUCCCUGUUGCCGUGGCGAGCAGCAGUUGGAGCAGACACUUAAUCCAGCUCUUUCACGGGGUACUCCUUCAUCCACAGGUCGUGGAUAAACUCGUACAGCUCGUUGGACACCGACACCUUGUACGGUGUCGGGUUGAGCGAUCUAACCACGUCUUCACGGAUCAGUUCGAACUGCUCCGUCACGUACUGACGUCGCUCCUCCAGAGUCGGCAGCUCGCCCACAAGGCCGCCGUUGGGACCGUCCCAGUACAGACUGUGCAGCGGGAUGACCUGAGAUGGCGUGACGUACGCGCGACGCAGCUCAUCGAACGCAUUCCGACACAGCAUCUUCUUGCCCACCUCCGGGGCCUUCUCGUUGCAUCCGGUCAUCAGAUCAAGCAGCGGUUUGCCAUUGGCACCAAUCAG